CAUCUGAUUCAGAACUUCGUCGUGUGUCUCUGAAGAGUAACAACUCUAUGGGUCAACCAUUAACAUUUAGUGAAGACACAUGUCCUGGUAACAGUUCAGUCCAGCAGGGGAAAUCAUCUGAUUCAGAACUUCGUUGUGUGUCUCUGAAGAGUAACAACUCUAUGGGUCAACCAUUAACAUUUAGUGAAGACACAUGUCCUGGUAACAGUUCAGUCCAGCAGAGGAAAUCAUCUGAUUCAGAACUUCGUCGUGUGUCUCUGAAGAGUAACAACUCUAUGGGUCAACCAUUAACAUUUAGUGAAGACACAUGUCCUGGUAACAGUUCAGUCCAGCAGGGGAAAUCAUCUGAUUCAGAACUUCGUCGUGUGUCUCUGAAGAGUAACAACUCUAUGGGUCAACCAUUAACAUUUAGUGAAGACACAUGUCCUGGUAACAGUUCAGUCCAGCAGAGGAAAUCAUCUGAUUCAGAACUUCGUCGUGUGUCUCUGAAGAGUAACAACUCUAUGGGUCAACCAUUAACAUUUAGUGAAGACACAUGUCCUGGUAACAGUUCAGUCCAGCAGGGGAAAUCAUCUGAUUCAGAACUUCGUCGUGUGUCUCUGAAGAGUAACAACUCUAUGGGUCAACCAUUAACAUUUAGUGAAGACACAUGUCCUGGUAACAGUUCAGUCCAGCAGGGGAAAUCAUCUGAUUCAGAACUUCGUCGUGUGUCUCUGAAGAGUAACAACUCUAUGGGUCAACCAUUAACAUUUAGUGAAGACACAUGUCCUGGUAACAGGUCAUACCUGCCACCACCUGUCCCUAAGAAGCCUUCAAAUUUUGAUUUCAGUUCAGUCCAGCAGAGGAAAUCAUCUGAUUCAGAACUUCGUCGUGUGUCUCUGAAGAGUAACAACUCUAUGGGUCAACCAUUAACAUUUAGUGAAGACACAUGUCCUGGUAACAGGUCAGAUCUGCCACCACCUGUCCCUAAGAAGCCUUCAAGACUGGGUUUUUAUUUCCGCCGUGACUCGAAAGACACAGAAGUCCUCGAAUCAUUUAGAUCAGAUCUAAUGGAGAAGUUUAAGUAUCUGUAUGAGGGAACAACACCUCACCAAAGAUCUCAUUCACUCCUGAAUGAGAUCUACACAGAGCUCUACAUCACAGAGAGUGAAAGUGGAGAGAUCAAUAAUGAGCAUGAGGUGAGACAGAUUGAGACUCAAUCCAGGAGAGCAGCAACAGAAUACACACCGAUCAAAUGCAAUGACAUCUUUAAAACCUUACCUGGACAAGACAAACCCAUCAGAACUGUGCUGACAAAGGGAGUCGCUGGCAUUGGGAAAACAGUCUCUGUGCAGAAGUUCAUUGUGGACUGGGCUGAAGGGAAAGAGAAUCAGGACAUCCAGCUCAUAUUUCCACUUCCUUUCAGAGAGCUCAACAUGCAAAAAGAAAAAUGCAGUCUUUCCGGUGUUCUUGAAAACUUUUUCCCCAUAAUAAAAAAAAUGAAACCAUUCAGUGGUGAAUAUAAUAUUUUCUUCAUCUUUGAUGGUCUGGAUGAGUGUCGUCUGUCUUUGGAUUUUCAGAGCAAUGUGAGGUUGUCUGAUGUGACUGAAUCAGCCUCAGUGGACGUGCUGCUGACAAACCUCAUUGUGGGGAAUCUGCUUCCCUCUUCUCUCAUCUGGAUCACCUCCAGACCAGCAGCAGCUGAACUCAUCCCCUCUGAGUGUGUCCAUCGAGUGACAGAGGUACGAGGCUUCAGUGACCCACAGAAGGACGAAUACUUCAGGAAGAGAAUCAGUGAUCAGAGUCUGGCCGAGAGGAUCAUCUCACACCUGAAGUCAUCAAGGAGCCUCCACAUCAUGUGCCACAUCCCAGUGUUCUGCUGGAUAUCAGCCACUGUUCUAGAGAAGAUGUUGAGCGAAGCAGAGAGUGGAGAGAUUCCCAAGACUCUCACAGAAAUGUACACACACUUCCUGAUCCUUCAGACCAUCAUCAGACAAGAGAAGAAGUAUGAGAAGAAAGUGAAAGCUCAAGAAAUGAUUGACAAACUGGGGAAGCUUGCUUUCCAGCAGCUUGUGAAAGGCAACCUGAUCUUCUAUGAGGAAGACCUGAGAGAGUGUGGCAUUGAUGCAACAGAAGCAUUAGUGUACUCAGGAUUGUGCACUCAGAUCUUCAGAGAGGAGUUUGGCAUGUAUCAUGAGCAAGUCUUCAGCUUCGUUCAUCUGAGCAUUCAGGAACAUUUAGCGGCUCUAUAUGCGCACCUCUCCUUUACAGACAGCAGCAUAAAUGUGUUUGACCAAAUCACCAAACAAAGACCAAAAAAAGCUUUGGAUUGGUUUCAGAAUCCUGCAGAAAAACAUGUUUUAUUGUCUUAUCUGCAUCAGAAAGCUGUGGAUGAGGCUCUACAGAGUAAAAAUGGACAUCUGGACCUUUUUCUGCGUUUCCUUCUGGGACUGUCAGUGACUGCUAAUCAGGAUCUCUUAAGAAAUCUAACAACACUGACAGUAAGCAGCUCUGACAGCAAUGAGAAAACAGUUGAGUACAUCAAGAAAAAGAUCAGGACCAUCGAAUCUCCAGAGAAAUCCAUCAAUCUGUUCCACUGUCUGAAUGAACUGGGUGACCAUUCAUUAGUGAAGGAAAUGAAAUACUAUCUGAAAUCUGGAGCAGUACGGAAAACCAAACUCUCUUCAUCUCAGUGGUCAGCUGUAGUUUUUGUGUUGUUGACAUCAGAGGAGCAGCUGGAUGAGUUUAAUAUUAACAAUUUUUUAGGAGGUAACAAUAAAUCUGAAAAACUGGAAGUUUUUAAGAAGUUGCUGCCCGUGAUUAAAGAAUCCAGAUCAGUUCACUUGAGUGAUUGUGGAAUCACAGCUGAAAGUUGUGCUACUCUGGCUUCAGCUCUGAGUUCAAACCCCUCACACCUGAGAGAACUGGAUCUAUCUGACAAUAAUCUAGGAGACUCAGGAGUGAAGCACCUCUCUGAUGUAUUACAGAAUCUUCACUGUAAACUGGAGAUACUGAGGUUGAGGAACUGUGGUAUCACAGAGAAAGGUUGUGCUGCUCUGGUUUCAGCUCUGAGAUCAAAUCCCUCACACCUGAGAGAUCUGGAUCUGACUGAUAAUAAAAAUAUAGCUGGUUCUGGAGUGAAGUGGCUCUCUGAUUUACUACAGAAUCCUCACUGCAAACUGGAGAAACUAUGGUUGAUUAAUUGCGGUAUCGCAGAUGAAAGUUGCUCUGCUUUGGCCUCUGCUCUAAAAUCAAUCCCCUCACACCUGAGAGAUCUGAAUCUGUCUAAGAAUAAAAUAGGAAAUUCAGGAGUGAUACUGCUCUCCAAUGGACUGGAGGAUACUCACUGUAAACUGGAGAAAUUGUGGUUGUGUGAGUGUGGUGUCACAGAGAAAGGUUGUGCUGCUCUGGCAUCAGCUCUGAGAUCAAACCCCUCAUACCUGAGACAACUGAAUAUGUCUGGAAAUAAACGAGGACAUCCAGGAGUGAACCUGCUUUAUGAUCUAAAGAAAGAUCCAAAUUGUAAACUGGAGGGAUUAGGCCAAUACUAACUCUCAGUCAGUCCAGUUUUCUCAGAAUUAGCCGACGGUGAAUGAGAAGCCACUAAAGAGAGUCACAAUCAACAGAGACUGAAGACACAGUGACACCCACAGCGAUCACACUUCCAUGUCUGUGACUUCGCAUUUUUAUGUUUUUUUGUUUUUGUGGGUUUGUUUUAAAUUACAGAUGUCAUAAGAUUCCACAAUGAUUUAUUAGAGGACUAACUUACAGAUGAUGAAUAAUAUAAUAAUAAUGUAAUAGGUAUUGAUUACAAAUUGUGCUGCUUGUUUACAAUGUAGAUGGUGUAACACCCAAUAUACACAGCAAGAGAGUGACUCCCAUUGUGAGAUUCCUGACAAUACCAUGAUUGGCCACUGGGGGAGCCAACCUUGAGAACUUUCUCCACUCAGUAUGAUUAGUGUAAUCAGUUCACCUGUGUCUAUGAACCAUCAAAUACAAACUUAUGUUAAGUUAAAAUUGUAUUUUUUUCUCUAUGGCAUUUUAAAAAUGAUGUCUCAUGAUUGUACUACUUGCUUUUUAAUUUUAAUUAUGUUGAUGUGUUAUCUUUUUUGUUCAUUUUGUACAGCACUUUGGUCAACCUAAGUUGUAUUUAUACAGUGCUAUAUAAAUAAAGAAAGAGA